AUGUUGUCAUUCAUUCUACUCUCCUCGACAUUACUAGUGGACUCUGCAUGGGCUGCAAUCACCGAUCUGAAUUGUACCCAUAUUGUAGCAAAUACUCCGAAGUACGCUCCAUCGGCAGUGAACUGCCAGAACAAGCUAUCGGACGCCAGCUGCACCCUGCUCUACACAGCUGCAGUGAAAGUUGAUACCGAUACGGACCGAGAUCCAAAAUGCGGGGUACUCGCAGGACCACCUCCAUCUACUAUUCCUGAACUUGUUCGAACGGCGAUUGAUCUCUGUCCCCAGUUCUGUGGCUCGUCGCGCACACCCGCCUUCGCGUGCCAAGAUAAGCAGCCUGUGCACGCUGGAAGCAAAAUGGAUUCUGCAAUAGCACAUUCUACUCGCCGACAUAUAUAA